GACUGCCGCCAGUAUAGAAGUUGCAAGUAUGUUUCAGAACUAUCUGCCAGUUGAACUGCCUUUUGUAAAAACACACAACUUGACUGCAGUUACAGCAUCAUCAUGUUCUUGCUGGAACUGUGGCAUAAAUAUACUUCCUGUGGAAAUCUGUCAGCCAAUGAACUUGCAAGAAGCACAGACCAAUUCUCAAAGCAAGUCAAUGGACACUUUUCCUUGCAACUUGCUUACUGUGCGAAUAAUACGAAUGAGAAAUCUCCGAAAGGCUGAUGUCUUAAGCCAGUCUGACUGUUACGUGACCCUCUGGUUACCAGCUGCUACAUGUGAAAAACAGCGGACCAAAACUAUUAACAAUUGCAAGGACCCUGUUUGGAAUGAAAGCUUCUAUUACAGGAUUCAAAAACAAGUCAAGAAUGUAUUGGAGCUAGCAGUUUGUGAUGAAGAUGUUGUUACUCCAGAUGACCACCUCUUCACUGUACGAUUUGACAUUUCUAGGCUUCCAGAUGGUGAAAGUGUUUUCAUGACCUUUAAGUCUGAUCCAGAGGCACAAGAGGAGCUGGAUGUUGAAUUUUUAGUGGAACCUGCGCAAGGUCCUCCUGAAACCAUUAUUACAAAUGGAGUUCUAGUGUGUCGAGAGGUUUGCAAACUGGAAGCUGAGGUGGAUCUGUCAAAGCCACACAAGUCAAAGAGAGACCUUUCACUUGCAGUAAAAGGAUCCUGUGAAGGCAGUCACUGUUUUAAGCUGGGCUCUGAUGCAAUCAUCAUGCCCCCAUGUCCCACCACAUUCCAUUUUGUCAAGUACAAUGAGCCAUCGCUGGAUGUUAUGCUGCCAAAGAAGAAACCACGUUACAAUCCUUGUACCUGUUCUUAUAAAACCAAACCAGGUGUUCCAGUUGUGAUGCUGAAUUCACUACCAAAGGGAGAAAAAGUGCCAAUAGUGGAGGAGAAAAAGUACAAUUUGCAUGUGACAGUGAAUGACUGUCAUUGUUCCUGCCCAGGGGACCUAGAUGUGCGCUUGGGAUAUGAUCUGUGUCCACAGGAGCAAGAUUUCUUAUGUAAGCGAAAGAGGCAUGUGGCUCAGGCUUUGAAGCAAGUGCUCCACUUAAAUUACGAUUUGAAAGAUCAUGAGGUUCCUGUGGUGGCAGUCAUGACAACAGGAGGCGGGACAAGAUCAUUUACCACAACACUUGGCAGUUUAAGGGGUCUGCAAAAAUUAAAUCUCCUAGAUUGUGUUACAUACAUAUCUGGUUUGUCUGGGACAUCCUGGGCCAUGGCACACUUGUACAGACACGCUUACUGGUCCCAUGGGAAUCUGGAUGAGCUUAUAAAUGAGGCUAAGAAACAUGUAACCAAGAGCAAGAUGGGUAUUUUUUCCAUUGAUCGUGUGAAAUAUUAUCAUCAGCAGUUGAAUCAACGGAAACAAGAAGGAUAUAAAACAACUUUUAUUGAUCUCUGGGGACUCAUCAUAGAAUAUUUGCUAAAUGAAGGGAAAGAUAACCACAAGCUCUCAGAACAGAGAGAAGCUUUGAUAGAAGGUCAGAACCCACUGCCAAUCUAUGUAGCUCUUAAUAUCAAGGAAAAGUACAGCACUCAAGACUUUAAAGAAUGGGUAGAAUUUACUCCUUAUGAGGUUGGGUUCCUGAAAUAUGGAACAUUUGUGUGUCCUGAGAAUUUUGGAAGUGAGUUCUUUAUGGGCCGCAUGAUCAGGAAGCUCCCAGAGUCUCGGAUAAGCUAUCUUCAUGGAAUGUGGAGUAGCAUAUUUUCAGUGAACCUCUUAUAUCUCUUGAACAGAGUUAGUAAUUCAGAAGAAUUCUGGCACAGAUGGACUCGAGACAAAAUCAUAGAUCUUGAGGAAGAUCCUACUUUGCCUACAAGGCCAUAUGAGCUGAAGACCCAUAUGUAUGUCCCUGCAGGAAAUCUUUCUAGUGCAUUUCGAGGGGUCUUGACAGAUCGCCUUUCUGUUGCCCAAUAUCACAAUUUUCUUAAGGGUUUACAGCUGCAUAACAAUUACUUGGAGAAUGAACAGUUUCAGAGAUGGAAAGCUACUGUGUUGGAUUGCUGCCCCAAUCAGCUAACAGAACAUGAGGACCAUGUGGGAUUUGUGGAUGCAGGAUUUUUCAUCAAUACCAGCUGCCCUCCACUUUUAAGAAAAGAGAGGAAAGUAGAUGUCAUUCUGCAUUUGAGUUACAGUGCUGGCUCACAAACAAUGCCUCUGGAAAAAGCCUGCAAGUUUUACAUGGAGCAAGGUAUCCCAUUUCCAAAUGUUGUCCUUACUGAAGAGGAUAAGAAAAACCCAAAAGAAUGUUACUACUUCAAUCAAACAGGAGCUGCUGAGUGUCCAGAUGUGCUUUUCUUCCCAUUAGUGAAUGAUACCUUCCAACAUUACAGAGCACCUGGUGAAAAACGGAAUGAGGAUGAGCUGGAUGCAGGAGAUGUUGAUGUAUCUAGUAUCAGCAGCCCAUAUGGUACUUACCUCCUCACAUACAGUGAUGAGGAUUUUGACAAACUGGUGAACCUGAGUGAAUACAACAUUGUGAAUAACCAGCACAUGAUUCUACAGGCUUUGCAUGCUGCUGUGGCACGGAAAAGGCAAACUUACUACAGCAAUUAA